GGGAUCCCACUCGCGAGUGGAAAAAAGGGCUUUUUCCCGCUCUGCGCCGGCAGCUGAAGGUGUUUGUGCCUCAGUGCAUCCGAAAGAGCCGAGCGAGUGGUGGGCAGGAGGUUGUGCAGGCGGCAUCGACCCCGGGAGCUGCGUCUGCUGCGGGAGGUGCAAUGAGUGCACCAGCCUCAGCCAGGGGAGCGAGACCAGGCUUCUGUUUGCUGGGGACACGGUGAGGUGCUGGGGAUGCUCAGUAAGGUGCUGGGGGUGCUCAGUAAGGUGCUGAGACACACCAAAGUACGAGCGAAAGGUGAGGUGGCCACCAAGCUGGAGACAUGGUGGGUCCCAGCCCGCGGGGUCCAGGCUGGAAGCCCCGGGAGCUCGGGGCACCGGUGUGUGAUGUCCCCGCGCUGUCCGGGCAGCGUGUCCAGCCCGGCGCUGGCGCAGCACUUUCCUUACAAGGAAUCUGGCUGGGGCCCGAGGCCGCCUUGGCCUCCGCCUGUCUCAUUCAUCGGCAGCCCGGCGGCGGAGGGGCUGCUGCUGCUCCGGAGCGCGGCCAGCCGCACGGCUUCUCCAGCAGCGGGGCUGAAGGACCGAGGAUGUCCUCGAUGUUCGGCAAACCCCGAGCCGGCGGCGAGCGGCCACCACAGAGCCCCCUCACCGAGUGCAACGUGGCCAUCCUGGGGUGCCGAGGGGCCGGCAAAUCAGCCCUGACCGUGAAGUUUCUAACCAAGAGAUUCAUAAGCGAGUAUGAUCCCAACCUCGAGGACACCUACACCUCGGAGGAGCUGGUGGACCAGCAGCCCGUGCUGAUGAAGGUGAUGGACACUGCUGACCAGGAUGGCCCUGAGAACUGUGAGCGUUACCUGCGCUGGGCCAGCGCCUUCCUUGUUGUCUACAGCAUCGAUGACAGGAAGAGCUUCGAGGGCUGCCAGCGGUACCUGGAGGUCCUUGCCCUGCACACAAGGGGCUGCCAGCGUCGCAGCCCUGUGCUCCUGCUGGGCAACAAGCUGGACAUGGAGCAGUACAGGCAGGUGCCUGCUGCUGAAGGGAUGUCGCUGGCGAGCAGGCUCGGGUGCCUCUUCUACGAGGUGUCGGCGUGUCAGGACUUCGCGGGGGUGCAGCAGGUCUUCCACGAAGCCGUGCGGGAGGUGCGGCGCCAGGCGGAGCGGAGCCAGCCCGUCCGGCCACUCUACAUCACCGAGGAGCAGCCCUGCCCGCCGCUGGCCACCACGGUGGCCCUGCCGACUCGCCACGGCUUGGCCAGCUGCACCUUCAACACCCUCUCUACUGUCAACUACAAGGAGAUCCCCUCGGUGGCCCAGGCCAAGCUGGUCACUGUCAAGUCCUCGCGAGCUCAGAGCAAGAGGAAAGCUCCCACGCUCACCUUGCUGAAAGGCUUCAAGAUAUUCUAGCUUAUGUCCUUGUGGGCUGUGGAGGAGGAGGAGAGAACCCCCUGUUGCCCCAUCUCUGGGGCUGAGCCCACCCACAGUGGACUUGCAGGCACCAUGGUGGAUGGUGGCACCCACCUCUGCCCUGGGAUAAAGCCUGCAGUGGCAACUUGGUGAGCAGACAUGGUGCUGAGAGCCCAAAAUGUGCUGUAGCAUCACUCUGCCUGCCCUUGCCCUGGCUCCCACCCCCUGCUGCUGUGUUCACACCCGGUGAGUCCAGCUCAGCUUUCCACGUGGAUCCAGGCAGUUCCCGGAGCAGCUGGAGCUGCAGGAAGGAUGAGGGCUGAACCCAGGGCCUCUCAGUCAGCUUGGGAGCCUGGCAGCCAGCAAUGGGAGAGCAGGAAGGGGGAUAAUCAAUCCUUAAUCAAUCACAGAGGCACCCAUCUCCUCUGUCUCACAAGCCCCCUGACCAAGCAAUAAGCAGAAGGAUUUUUUCUUGUUUGUUUCUUUUUUAAUCCAAAGGAGGACGGUGCAGACUUUGUUUCAGCCAACUAAAGGCCUCAGGGGUCCUGAAACCGAUUCCCCUGCAUUGAAAUACAUCACACCAAAAGAGCUGGGGGGGGUUGUAUGCUGCAGUGCUCCUUUCCAAAGGCUUUGCAAGGAGAGGUGCUCUGCAAAGCCUGUGUUUAAAAGACUGAUCUGUUUCCAAAAACAGCUUAAGUUACUUCAUGGCUUCUACAUGCACCCAGUGGAGGGUGUGAGGUGAUUCCCAAGGCAGAUCAGGCUCUACUCGUGCCAAGGGCUGUGCCUUCAGUUCCGUUUGCUCUAUCAGGUUAAAUGUUCUGCUUCUCCCUGGAGCUGCAGAGUCAAACAUCCAGGUGCACACUUGUGCAGAUAUACAUAAAGAUAGAUGUGUACAUACAUGACUUUACUGAUGCAGAGAGAGCUUCACUGUGGGAUUUCAAUCAACCACUUUGGAAAAUAUUUUAAUAAAGCUGAUUUCUGAAAAGAA